AUGUUCCUCAAGCGGGUUCUUGUUGGUCUCGGGGUGCUUGAGGGUCUGGCUGCGGCUGUCGACCUUGACCCCACGCCGAUGAUUGUCAACAAUGCCCAGUACGAGCUGCACUGUGGAGCAGGCAGUGACCCCAACUAUCCGUGCUUCACCUUCAUCGGCGGAGACCUCAGGGAUGUUCGUGCCGAGAUGUAUAUUGAGGGUGACGCUGUUGGUGACAAUGCACCCACCACCGACUUCCUGGUCAAGGACGAUCAGAUGCAAGACUUUACUACUACGGAUCCCAACAAGAGCUUCUCGAUCUAUUGGGUUGAUUUCGACGUUUCGGUGCUCUAA